CCUCUUCUGCCAACUCUGAGCCUGGGCUCUUUUCUCAAACGACUCCUUCUUUGCUUUGCACAUUAACAUCAAAUACCAAGCGCUUGGAAAAAAAUACAUCUGGCCUUUUAACACGUGGAUUUCGUGCAGCAACAGUUCUUCAAAACUCUCCAAAGCGACAAACCGGCUAGUGUUUUAUUUAAAACUAAACUAAACAAACAGUUUGGAACCCGUUUUUUUGUGUUUGUGUGUGUGUUUUUCCUGGACAUCGGCUUUCUGUGCGGUACAUCUUGGGAAUAGCGCGUUUUCAUCUUAUCUCAAGUUUGGAGUUACACUUUCAGACUGAUGUGAGUAAGGACUGCGUCAACAUCCGCAAAACUCCACUUCUUCUUUGUGUGCAUCCUUCCCUCCGGAUCUCAGCAGAGGCUCUGUUUCUGGGGAUAAUGUGAAUGGUCGUCUGCUCGGUUGAGGAUUGAUGUUUUUGCAAUAGAAACGAUGGCACGUUCAUCAGUUAAAAUGUGUCUUGGCGUCCUUUUCUUUGGACUUUUGUUGUUCACGCUUCCAUCUGCUAGAGCCCAAGAAGAUGUGGAGGAGGAGAGAUCGUGUCAAGGCGCCUUUGACUUGUAUUUCGUCCUUGACAAGUCAGGAAGUGUCAAACACCACUGGCACGAAAUCUACACUUUUGUUGAACAUUUGGCUGAGAAAUUCACCAGCCCAAUGCUGCGGAUGUCCUUCAUUGUGUUCUCAACCAGAGGAACCACAAUCAUGAGACUCACAGAAAACAGGGAAACCAUAAGAAAAGGCCUUAAUGCUCUAAGACGAGAGAUCCCGGGUGGAGAUACGUUUAUGCAUCUUGGACUAGAAAAGGCAAAUGAGCAAAUACACCAGGAAAACUUUGGAACUGCAAGUGUCAUAAUCGCACUGACGGACGGUGAGCUUCAGGAACAUCAGCUGAUCGCGGCUCAGCAGGAGGCGGCACGAGCUCGAACACUCGGCGCGAUCGUGUAUUGUGUCGGCGUUAAGGACUUUAAUGAAACACAGCUGGCUACCAUAGCGGACACCAGUAAGCACGUAUUUCCGGUCUUGGGAGGAUUCCAGGCGCUGAGAGGAAUGAUUGACUCGAUCAUCAAAAAAUCAUGCAUCGAGAUCUUGGCAGCAGAGCCGUCCAGCGUAUGUGCAGGAGAGUCAUUUCAAGUGGUGGUGAGAGGGAACGGAUUUCGACACGCCAGAAACAUCGACCAGGUCCUGUGCAGCUUCAAAAUCAACGACACAGUGACGCUCAACGAGAAGCCUGCAAGCGUGGAAGACACGUUCUUGCUGUGCCCCGCGCCUGUUAUCGAUGAAGUUGGAAAGGUGGUGUACCUGCAAGUCAGCAUGAACGAGGGUCUGUCCUUCAUCACCAGCUCCGUUCACAUCACCACGACCGAGUGUUUUGACGGGACGAUCCUCCUGAUCACGCUGCUGGUGCUGUUCCUGCUGUUGGCUCUGUUGUUCAUGUGGUGGUUCUGGCCGCUUUGCUGCACUGUAGUGAUCAAGGAACCUCCACCUCCUCCACCUCCAGAGCCCGAGUCAGAUGAUGAAGACGGAAUGCCAAAGAAGAAAUGGCCCACGGUGGACGCGUCGUAUUAUGGCGGUCGAGGAGUGGGAGGAAUCAAACGAAUGGAGGUUCGUUGGGGAGGGAAGGGCUCUACAGAGGAGGGAGCCAAGCUGGAAAAACCCAAAAACGCUGUCAUAAAGAUGCCCGAGCAAGAGUUUGAACCCUUUGAACCCAAGCCCAAAAAACCAGACAGAAAGCCAGCUCAGGACAGGAAGUGGUAUUCUCCCAUUAGGGGUAAACUCGACGCGAUCCUGGCUCUUUUCCGACGUGGAUACGAUCAAGUUUCGCUUAUGAGGCCGCAACCGGGAGAUCAUGGUCGAUGCAUCAACUUCCAGCGAGUGAAAGAGGAGGCGGCGGCGGCCAAAGCUCCUCCGCGAGCCCAGAGCUCACCGCCUCCGCCUCCGCCGGACUACCAGGCCGUCCCCAGCCCCGUCAGCUCGCCUCCGAACAGCCCGCCUCCGAGGGGACCCCCGCUGCCCCAGCCUCCGCCGGGACCCCCGCCCGCCCGCGUCCCGCCCGGACCGCCCUGUCCCCCUCCGGCGCGCGCCCCGCCCAGACCGUGAGAGGAACGCCCAGCCUCCCCUCGGCGCCGUUCACCCGUACGUCGGCCAAACCAAACGCUCCUCUCGCCAAAAAACGCACGCGCUAUUUAUCGGUCAGCUUCCAUUAGGAUGUGGUGUGUCGUUUGUUGCUGGACAGCAAAAAAAAAUGUAAGAAAAGCAAAAAGAGAAACAACUGUCGUGACAAAAAUUCAACUACUGAGUUUUCCGCAGGCAGAUCCAGAGAGAGCGGUUUUAGCUUUUUAGUUCUUCUUUUUUGUUUUGUUUUUAAUUUCUCGAGGCCGGACGAAUGAUUCCCGUUCAUGUACAAAUGUUGUAAAGCACAUAUGAAUCCUACGAGCUUCUGAUAUCAUGCCAAAAUGUCCCAAGUAACCAGUAUUAGAUGCUAUGUUAUACUGUUAGUGCCUCUGGAGUGUUUUGAUUAGCGUAUGCGGUGUCGAGUCACAGGUUUUACGGUGGUGAGUUGCAGGUUUUCUCAGGUGAGUCUCUGAUCCUGUACGAGGGGAAAAUCAGCGCAUGUCAACGUGUGAGAUGAUGCAAGUGAUGAAUGUGUAAAGGCAGGGUUGGGCCGGUUCUUUUACUGUAGAUUAACGUCGUAGUAUGUCACAAGUUCCUUCGUUUAGGUACAGCAGGGUUCGUCUCCGAUCACACGCUUGCUGGAAUUCUGACAGAUUCUCGAAGGUUUUGGUUUUGUUUUCCGGAUCUUGCACUGAAAAAAUGGUAACCUAAACAUUUUAAUUCAUUGUUUGAAUCACAAAAUAGCAUUUAGCAUCACUGAAUUCACCUACAUACUUUCUUAUAGGAUCGAAUCUGGUCACCUUUCUCUCUUUUCGGUAACAUUUGCAGGUUACCACUUUUUACAGUGUGGGUGAAUGUCAUGAAAACAUGUCUAGAUCACACCAAAUUCAACAGAAAAAGAAAGAAAGAAAGCUUUUAAUGCAUUUUGACAUUGUUUCGAUGUCAGUUGAACACACUUAAGCCAAAUUCUCAUUACCGUUUUGCAUCAAGAUUAGUUUUUUGUAAUUACUGUUAUUUUUUUUUAUUGUUAUUUUUUACUAUCAAUAUUACCAUUGAGAAAUUAUCUCACACGCUUUUCAAACUUGUAUUAUUAUGAUAUUUUAUUAGCAAUGUUCCGUAAUGAUUCAAGGUUAUGAUUCAAUUCAAGUAUUAUUUUAUAUUUUUUUUAGUUUAUAUUGGACUUUUAUCCAAUGCUUGUGAGACAGUAUGAUCUGGAAUUAUAUCCAGAACUAUAUUUUCUCUAUAUAUGAAUGCAAAAAUUUUUUGACACUGAAUUAAAAAUAACAAUUUUCCUUCUUUCUUUUUUUAUUUUAUUUUAUGUUUAUAUUUAUUUUUGUUUUAGUUUAUAUUGACUUUUAUCCAACAUUUGUAGGACAAUAUGAUUUGAAAUUUCGUCUGAAACUAUAUUUUCUCUAUUAUACAUUUGAGAAAUAUGAAUGCCAUUUUUUUUUACACUUUUUAAAAACAAUAACAGUUUUCUUUCUUUUUUUUUAAAUUAGUUUAUAUUAGACUUUUUUCCAACACUUCUAAGACAAUAUGAUCUGGAAUUAUAUCCGGAACUAUAUUUUUUCUAUAAUAAAUGUAAAAAAUAUGAAUGCGUUUUUUUUUUUACACUGAAUUAAAAAUAACAAUUUUCUUGCUUUUUUUUUUUUUUUUUUUUUUUUUUUAUAUUGGACUUUUUUCCAACACUUGUGAGACAAUAUGAUAUGGAAUUUUAUCUGGAACUAUAUUUUCUCUAUAAUAAAUUUGAGAAGUAUGAAUGCAAUUUUUUUCGGGACUCUAAAUUAAAAAUAAAAAAAGGUAAUUGCAAAUUUUUAUCUCAAAAUUCAGAAAAAAAUUUAAUUGCGAAUAGUGGAAUUCCAAGUUUACAUCUCACUUUUUUCUCAGAUUUUUUUUAGAUUUUCAGGAUUUUUUUUUACAUAUUAAAAAUUAUUUGUGACUUUUUCUCUUACAAUGCUGUUUUUUCUUCUUAGAAUUGCAGUCUCACAAUUCCAACUUCAUAUCUCACAAGUUUAUAUCUCACAAUUCUGACUUUAUACUUUGCUAUUCAGACUAGACAGAAUUGUGAGAUUGAAAGUUGCAUGUACCUGUUUUAUUUAUCUUGUGGCAGAAACAAGCUUCCAUAAUUAUAUAAUACAAUAUUUGUAUCUGCGUAUAUUAAGAGAAGUACAGCAAAUAUUACCAUGAUAUAUAAAUACUAAAUAGAAUUUUUUUUUUUUUUUUUUAAUUCAAAAAAUGAUCAUUAUAACAUUAAAAUAAUGUUGUUGUUUUUUUCUUGCAGUACGGUAAUGAGAAUAAGGGAGUGUCCUAAAUGCUUAAUGUCCAAAAGAUAGAUUUCUUUUUCUCUACGUGAAAUAAUUCUUAGGUCUGUUUUCUUAAGAUCCAGGCAUGUUGUUGAUGGGUUUUGGUGAGAUCAGGUUUGUUUAUUGUCAAGGUUGAACCUCUAAAUGCAAAGUCAGGUCAGUUCUCGUCAUGUUUUCUGUAUUCCGCAGCUGUACUGUACGUAUGUUGAUAUUCAUCUUGUUUCUUUGCGUUUCAUCAUCAAACAUAUUGCAACUGCAGGGCAGUUCACAGCAUUUAAUUUAUUAUCCCCACGCCUAAAGGAAGGUACUUGAAUAUGACAAGGUGUCCUCUGUUACGAACAGGACACUGUGCAUGAAACCAAAAAAUAGUAAAAUAAAAAAAUCACUUAGCCUCAGAUAACAGCCAGUGCCUUCUGUGUGUGUGUUUUUUUGUUUUUUAUUCUUUUUCAAGUAUGAUACAGUAGCACUGUUUAUACUUUUGUUCCGUUAAAUAAAACGAUUGGUGCAUGAUUUUUUUUUCCAUUCUCCCCAUUCUGUCAUGAAAGUGAAAUAGUGCUCCGCUGUGAACAAGCAAAAACUCAUUUCACCCAGUAUUAAAAUGAUCGUGGACCAAACCAAAGCCGUUGAUGUGGACAGCUGCAGUCUGAUGCUAUAGGUUUUUGCUUUUGUUUGGAUUUGUGUUGUUUUAUUUGCUUGUGGCAAUCAUUUCAAACAUUGUGAUCUGUACUUUUCCACAAAAAAACAUUGAUACCAGAAUUAUAAAUCACAAUUAUAUUGUGUUACGAUGUAGUAAGUGUAUUAACAACAAUACUGAUGCAUCUAUUGAAAGGGCUCAUAAAGUUUACUUUUUUCACAGUAUUAAUAAAGGUCAACUUUCAAGCUU